AAGAGUGCAAGUUUCACGAAGAUUGACGAGCUCAGUAAGGAGGAGGAUGAGGCUGAAGCCGAGGCAAAGACCGUCGCAUCAAGUUCGAAAACAUGGACAACCACAAUGGGCAGAUCGCUGAGAAAAAAACUCAGCGCUUUUCGCAAGGAUAUCGAUGAAAGUGACAGCCCAGCUGCAUCGAAGUCCGCGUCAGAGGGAGUUAAUGUUAUUUAUCUUCGGAAGCCGUCAUCAAACAGAAAUGGCACUGGUGGUGUUCUUGGUGGUGUAAGGUAA